UUUGAAUUUGAAGAAGACUACCAAAUAAGAACUGUGUACAGCGUAUUGUGAGCGAUAACUUUAUUACGAACUCAACUAAAUCAAGGAUUUCUCUUUCUUUGCUUUUGUCAAACCGUAGGAGAUUCCACGGCCGUCGUUAGCCGCCGCCGCCGCCGCCGCCAUCUCAACUGUGCUGCUGCUCCAAGGUUCAAGUCCUGCAAUUCCACGAAGGAAUCUUCGUUCUCUUUGCUCCCCCGCUUGGGGAUGCCGAUCAAGAGACCACUCUACAGCCGCCUCAACCAUCAUCAUCUCUUCCGCCGCCGGUAGUUUCAGAAAUUAUAAUGUCCUCAAGGGAUUCUAACGUCCUCUUCAGUGGUGGCGGUAUCAGUUUUCUCAAUGAAAAUCACACUGGAAAGUUCAGCUAUGGUUAUUCUAGUUUCAAGGGCAAAAGGGCUUCGAUGGAGGACUUCUAUGAAACAAGAAUUUCUGAAGUUGAUGGGCAGAUGGUUGCUUUUUUCGGUGUUUUUGAUGGUCAUGGAGGUUCCAGAACAGCCGAAUACCUUAAGCGCAAUCUUUUCAAGAAUCUAAGUAGCCAUCCAGACUUUAUCAAAGACACAAAGACUGCUAUUAUUGAGGUCUUUAAGCAGACCGAUGCCGAUUAUAUCAAUGAAGAGAAAGGGCAGCAGAAAGAUGCUGGGUCAACUGCAUCAACUGCUGUCCUGUUCGGGGACCGUCUCCUUGUUGCAAAUGUUGGGGAUUCCAGAGUAGUUGCAUCUAGAACUGGUUCAGCUAUUCCCCUCUCUAUUGAUCACAAACCUGAUAGAUCAGAUGAGCGCCAAAGGAUUGAACAAGCUGGAGGGUUCGUUCUUUGGGCAGGAACUUGGAGGGUUGGUGGUAUUCUAGCAGUUUCACGUGCCUUUGGAGAUAAGCUACUCAAACCAUUUGUUGUUGCUGAUCCCGAAAUUAAGGAAGAAGAACUUGAAGGUGUAGAUUUUAUUAUUAUUGCAAGCGAUGGACUUUGGAAUGUCAUAUCAAAUGAGGAAGCUGUAGCAUUGGUACAACACAACCAAGAUGCAGAAAUGGCAUCAAGAAAAUUAAUCCAAGAAGCUUUUGCUCGAGGGAGUUCCGACAACAUUACAUGUGUCAUUGUACGGUUUGAUUUGUCGUAAUGCGAUACAAUCCGAUAACAAAUGGCAGUUCUUUCCAAUGGAAUGUCAUGACUAACUACAGUUACUGGGUCUUAACGAGGUCUUAAUCCUCAAAGAUUAGCCGAUUUGCCAUUGAGUUGUAUAUGUAAGUUGUGCUGUGCUCAGGACGUUCCUGCACAAUCGGUAGAUUAUUUAUUUAAUACGUUGCCUUUAUUUAUAUGACAUGCUGAUAUGUUCCAACUUUUGCUUGCAAAUAUCGUUUCAAUGGGAUUUCUCACAUUGUAAUAACAUUCAGGCUAACCUUAUGUUAUUUUUGUUUUCCCCUUUU